AUGUGGAAAUCUCAUCCAAUCUACCCCUUCAUCCUGUUGCUCAACAGAGACGAAUUGUACAACCGGCCGACGGCGCCGUUAGGUUGGUGGGAGGACGGCAAAAUACUCGGCGGGCGGGAUGUGCAGGCGGGCGGAACAUGGCUGGCCUGCACCAAGCACGGGAAGCUCGCGUUCCUUACGAAUGUCAGGGAAAUCCGCUCCGAUUCGCAGGUUAAGAGCAGAGGAGAACUCCCGAAUCGCUUCUUAAAGGGCACGAAAAGUCCCAGAGAAUUCGCGGAGGAACUCGUGGGAGAAGCUGACCAGUUCCAUGGUUUCAAUCUAAUAGUAGCUGACCUUCGAUCUAUGACCAUGGUUUAUAUAACCAACAGGCCUAAAGGCGGCGUUCAUAUCACGGAAGUUUUGUCUGGUAUCCACGUUUUGUCGAAUGCACAGCUGGACACACCCUGGCCUAAGACGUGA